CUAUCUCGGCUUUUAAUGCCAUCAUACUUUGUUUCCAUAAAUAAUAUCUACCAACUGGCUCUUCUCCCAUGUCAGGAGCGAGAGAAGAAGUUCGUCCUGCCUUUGGAAGGGCUGAAACAGCGUGGUGGAGACACUGGUUUCUUCUCAAAAAAGCCGACAUUCGUUAUAUUCCACACCGACCCUCGCGCAAAUGUCUACAAGGACCAUAAGACCUUGGAACUGGCAGCGGACUCUGUGGACGCAAUGGAGUCAUGGAAAGCUGCCCUUCUGAGGGCCGGCGUCUUUCCUGAGCGUACGGUUAAUGCAGAUCAGCUUGUAUGCUUAUAA